AUGGAAGGAAAAAUUAAAAAUGGAACCGAAAUUAAAAUGAACAAAAAUAUUGGAAAUGAAACAUUGGAAAAAUAUCCUACUGAUGGUAUUGGUGGUAUUGUUGAUGGUGAUGAUGAUGAUGAUAAUAAUGAUAAUGAUAGUGAUAAUGAUGGCAAUAAUGAUGGUGAUAAAAUGAAUCUGUCAAUUGUGGUAAAACCAAUCAUUCGUGAUUUAAUUGUUGAAAUGAAAAAGCACUUAGCUAAAAAAGAACAUGGACUUAGUUUAUUUGGCGCUAUUCAACGUGCUAUUGGUGAUUUUUGGGUUGCUUUUGUUAAUACAUCAAAAACAAUUAAUAAUUUUUUAGAUUUAUUAUUUGCACCAAUUUCGGCAGCUUUGAAAACUCCCAUCAAUUGA